AUGGAGGCCACAAACACGACCGUAAAGGAAACCGGAACAGGUGUGCGGGAUGGGUUGUGGCACUUAUUGGUUUCCCGGUUCGCAGACAGAGAGUUACAGCAUCCUCGCUCUCGUAGGCGCGCCGAGAACACAACAGGGGAUCUGAAGCCUUGUCGUUCUUGCAUUGACGUAAUGAUGACGUCGACAGCAAGUAUGGUGGCGGUGUUGGCGGUGAUGGUGGUGGUCCCAAGUAUGGUGACAGGCCUUCGCGCGCCGUGCUACGAGUGUGAGAAGUACAAGGAAUCUCACCCUCAUGCCAACCCUUACGGCGUGGUAAGGAGCCACUGCGUCUACCCAUGCGAAUGUGGCUCUGUGCCCGACUGCCCACCAGGCGUGCCAGUGAUCAUGGACGGGUGCGGGUGCUGUUGGCAGUGUGCACGCGAAGUAGGAGAGCCCUGUAACGGUGCCACGCUGUGUGAUAAGUCGAGGAACCUCACCUGCGUCUACAACAGCACGGCAGAACCGACGGGGACUUGUCUAGUGGUUAAGCCGGCAAAGUGCACCGUCAACAACAUAACUUACGAGGAUGGCGACACCUUCAAUCUGGACUGCCGCACUCAGUGUACAUGUAAAAACGCCACAUACGCCUGCGUGUCCCUAUGCCCGGGAGAGAGCCUGCCUCCCAGUGCCCAGUGCCACCACCCCCAUCUGGUAGCAGUGCCAGGACAGUGCUGCAGAGAGUGGAUGUGCGACACUGCCCCAGCCUGGAAACAGCAGCCAUGCGUUCUCCCAUUGGUCUGUCCUCUCCCUCCUCCAGGAAAGGCCGUGGGCCCACCCUCCUGCAGGCGCGUCUCCGGCCGCUGGUCCCCUUGUUCCCACACGUGCGGAGCUGGCGUAUCCGCACGCUGGACUACUGACAACGCCAGCUGUCAAACUAUCAACGAGACUCGCCUCUGUCAGCUCCGGCCGUGUCAGCGUCAGCCGUGGCAUCAGCAAGGGCAGAUGGAGGAAGCUGGCGAGGGGGCGUUCGACGAGAGCGGAGGAGGAUGGCCCAUGCAGCAGUCGCGGAAGCAUCACAUAAGGCGCGGCCACGAGUGCAAAGCCACGCAGCGCCACAUGGUCCCCGUCCGGCUCCGCUCCGGCUGGUGCGUCAGCGAGCGGCGCUAUCGCCCCAAGAUGUGCGGUGAGUGCGUGGGGCGUUGCUGCACCGUCCACGCCGCCACCACGAUCAAUGUGCCCUUCCUGUGCCCACUCAAGGUCUCCAAGGGGAACAGAGGCGCGAAGGGCACGGCCGGAGCGAAGCGUCGAUACCCGCGCUCGCUCCACGUGUUCCUGCAGACUGUUUUGGUCCGCAACGUCACUCGGUCUCCUCUCCCUUCGGCGCCCCCUUCGAUGUUCUCUUCGGCGGCGGCAUCGUCCUCCGUCCCGCCUUCUACAACUUCGUUCCCUGCCUCCUCUUCCUCCCCUCUUUCUUCUCCUUCACCAGCUGCUGCCUUUCCUUCCCCUUCCCCCUCCUUCUCCUCCCCGCCCCCCUCGCCUUCCAAUUCCUCCUCCCCCGCCCUCCGCCGCCGCCGCCGCCGCAGCGUGUGGAGCCCCUUCUUCCCCACCAGCGCCGCCUCCAGCGUCUACGACAUGAUGGACGAGGGCCAGCCGAGGACCCACGACCGCUACCGCUACUCGCACCACCAGUACAACCACCACAAGUACGACCCCGCCGCCAGUUUCUACUACUACCAGCGUGACCUGAAUGACAACAGCAACAGCGACGACUACCGUCACAACGCCGGCAGAAGCUUCCGGUACGACACGGAGAGAAGCCAUUACGAGCACGACCCGACCAUCAGCCUGGAGGAACUGCAGGAGGAAGAGGAGGAGAACUACCUCCCAUCUACGACCACGACUGCCACGUGGCAACAACAGGACUACGGCACUUACAACAACAAGGACAAUUACAACAACUACGACCAACAGCAGCCGCCGACGACCACGGCCGACCUCCUGUACGACCUGCCUCUCCCCCACGAAGACCUCACCGUGGCGGACGACAUUCAGUACGACUGGGUGACGAGUGGCGAGUACGAAGUCGUGCCCCGCCAAGUCGAGUGGAUCAUCCGGUGUGCCUGUUCCUUCUCUUCCCCUCCCUCCCCCUCCUCCUCCUCCUCCUCUUCCUCCUCCUCUUCCUCUUCCUCUUCUCUGUUGCCUUCCCCGUGCGAUGCCUGGAAGCCCAUCCCAGUCGCAGGAACAUGAGCAGCAGCAGAGGGAUUAGACUCGAAAGAAGAGAGAUCAGCGCUUCAUUAAUGCAACCUCUGCGACUCUGCCAGCUGGAGACUGACACAGCUGCAAGUGCAUCCCAAACGCCUGUAUUUAUUAGGGCAUUAGAAUAUGUUUGACACAUGUGAGAACUGGUGUCUAGAGAGAGAAAAAAAGCGUACAUAUACAUAUCUAGAAAGAAAUUUUGGUAUAUAUGUUUAUAAAAGGGUAUAUUAGAUAUUUGUUUAUCAUUUUCAGAAUGUAUCUAUCUCGUCAUCUGUGUUAAUAGAUAACCCUUGUCCGAAUGUGUAGAUAAAUGGUCGUUGAAAAUGUUCUCUAGGAUACAGAUAAUGCAACGAUGAGAUCUAUCAUUUAAAAAGAAUCGUAAAUAAUUACUUUUUUUUUUUUUUUUUUUACAUUUUCCGCGUUCGACAUGGUUACAUGUGUUGGGGCCUAGACAUAAGUUCAUUAAGUUUAUUCACAGCUCUUUCCCAUUAUCCCAGUGUAUUUGCAAAUCCGUUCGUUUACAAUUAUUCAUCCAGACUUCAAUUCAAGCAGAGAGGAAUUGAAUGGAAUUGAAUGGAAUUGACUUGUUGCCCGACUUUCACAACGGGAGUCUCUCAAUAUGAAUUAUAAAUACAAUAAAUACAGAAAAAUUGUACAUACGAUAAUAUACGUUUCAUGCAGUAAUAAAUGUUAUAAAUGUUCAAUACAGUAAUGGAAUAAAAAUAAAAAUCUUCCAUGCAGUAAUGAGGAGAGAAAACGUUACAUACAAAGAGGACGGGAACAAUCUACAAUCGUUUUAAAACAUGUAAGUGAUCGGGUCGAGUGGAAAUCUGAUCUUGCCUUUACUUGGUAUUCGUUACAGUUGACACUCUAGACAUUAUAACGAAGUGUAUUAUAUAAUGAACUUUUUAUCUGACGGAAUAAGGAGAAUUUAUUGUAUUUCCAAAAAUGUACGAAAAGUAUAUAUGUAUAAGUUAACCUUCAAAUGACACGAUUGUGUAUGGAUACGUAUUUGUUUGCAUAUAAACAUAAAUAAAUAAAUAUAUAUAUAUGUAUGUAUGUAUUUAUGGAGGGAUGCAAAAUAUGUAUACAUUCAUACGUAUGGACUUCAGACCGCGAUUUCAUUCCUGUUUAGAAGGUCAUGUUAAUCUAGCAAUUACUGUAACCGAUGUACUGACACCUAGACAAUUGGCUGUAAUUCAGAUGUUGUUAGGUGUAGAACGUAUUCCAGUAGGUGUACAUAGUGUAUUUAUAUCGAUAAUAAAAGACGUGGUAUUUAA